AUUGAUGAUUUGACAUCAGAUUGUCGUGUGUUGCUUGCGCGUUUUGAAGAGAAACAGAACGUUCGAUUUGAAACUUUCUGUGAAGUUUGGAAAGAACUCAAAUUUUCACUUAUUCAUCACGCCGGAGAGCACGAAUGGCAAAAAAUCCAGAUUGUUGAAAGUCUUUAUCGUAUUUUGGGGCAUUAUUUAACACCAAGUUGUCCAUUGCAAUAUCAAGUUGGUGCAAUAUAUUCUAUUUACUCAGUUUAUCACACCCAGCAUGUGAAGCCUAAAGUCAAGAUAAGAAUGACAUUGUCAAUGUGGAAUGAUUUUUUAAAACUUCAAGAAUAUGUUAGGGAGCAGAAGCAUUAUGAUAUUUAUUAUGUGAUGACUUCAUUAAGAGCAGACAAAGCAUUUCUAUUUGUGGCCAUGCCAAUUCAGCUUGCAUGUGGUUCACGUGAUUCUAUAUCCUUAUACGAAAGAGAUCAGGCAAAAGGAACCAGAUCUAGUGAUAUUGUACAAAAUACACAGGAAAUUAUCCAGAAAGUGAAUGAAAUUGAUGCAUUGUAUAAUUCAGCAAAGAUGGAACUCUGUUCACGUGAAGAAGGCGAACGUUUAGUCGAUCCUGUCACAUUAAGAGUGACUUCUAAUGAUCUUGUCUCAAACUUACAAAGCGAUGUUGAAACUUUUGAAACGUGGAAAGCACAGGAGAUGGAACAGAAGAAUUCGAAGGUGAAAAACAUGCAACGUCGUCCGCAACUUGGCUUACCUGAAGAUCGCAAAAUGGAGUCUAAAAAACAACAAUCUGGACAAGAUGAUGAAUCUUUCUCUAGAUCCCAGGUUGUGAAAGAAAUAAAAGAGCGAUCCUUUAAAACAGUCGUGCAAGUUUCGAAAGGCCUACGUCGUCAUCAACCAGCUCCUGAUUCUCCUGAUUCGCCAAGUCCAAGAAGGUCAAGUAGAACUAAAAAACUAAACGAGUAAACGCUCGUGUAUACAGUAAACAAGAUAUAUUUAUAUGCUAAAAAUUAUUUAUUUCAAAAUGUAUCGCUGCUUGUGAUAGUCUCUCAACGAUACCGCAAGACAUGAAUACUGUAAAAAAUGACAUAGCAAAUCAUCAUAUUAUUUAUGAGAUAUGAAAAUCAAUGACAAUGUUUUGUAAUUGAUCAACUUUCCUGUGUUAAAUAUAUUUUUUACAUCCGUUU